AUGGCUCUCUUCAUUCCUACAUGUAGUACCUCUGAAAUUCCUUCAAAUAAUUCCAUCAAAAGGAUUCCUUUAGCAUCAAAGUCUACACACAACAACAACAUCCAAAUGAAUCAUCCCCUCAUCACGAACCAAAGAAAUAAGAAAUCAAUUUUUGAAACCAUGGGAAUGAAUCCUUUUCAGAUCAUGAUGUUAUCAUCCUCUGAGUUAAAUUCUCGAAGGGAUGAUGAUUUGAAUGUCCUCCUCCAUAUUCGACGACAAGACCCGGAUCAGAAUCACCGUGAGGAUGAUUCUCAGCAAUCAAUCUCUUUUGACACAACAACACUCACCCUAAGGCAAUACAAGAACACCAAGGUCCAAAAGUCCUUCAAGACCAUUUCUAAACCCAAGCUGACAGGUUAUCCAUUAAUUCUUGUGGGUGGAUUGGGUGGUGUCGUUCUCAUGUCUAAACGUGAAAAUGCAGCAGAACCUCAUUGGUGGUGUCAUCGCACGACAGAUCCUUUUCAAAUUUGGAUUUCGAUGGAAGAGUUAGUGCCUUAUUUGACUGAGGAUUGCUUCAUGCAUGACCUGUCGAUUGAAUUAAAGGAAGGAGAGAAUUCAACCAUAGAUCGAAAAAAGUUACUGAGACCACUUGAUCCCAAUGUGAAAAUAUUUGGAAAGGAUUAUGGUGGUGUGGAAAGUGUCACUCAUUUGGUGAAGGAAGCAACUUCUCAAAGUGGAUACAUGAUCAAAAUGAUUAAUUUAUUAGUCAGCAAUGGAUAUGAAAUUGGAAAAUCAUUAAGGGCAAUGCCUUACGACUGGAGAUUGGGAGUCGUAGAAUGGAGCACACGAAAUAGCACCACUGGAGGAGAUUUCUAUGCAUUUCAACAAUUAAUUGAAGAUACUUUUUCAAGGAAUGGAAAUGUACCUGUGUCUCUAUUGGGACAUUCGAUGGGAGGACCUUUUGUUCAAUACUUUUUAGCAAAUUAUGUCUCACAGUCAUGGAAAGACAAGUAUAUUUCACAUUUUAUUCCUUUUGCAGGAGCUUUUGAUGGAGCUCCCAUUGCAUUGCCAUUGGCUAUUGCAGGCUCUAAUUAUGGAGUUCCAACGUUUUCACAAACAAAUGCCAAAAAAUUGACUCAAUCCUUUGGUGGUCCAAACUUUAUGAUUCCAGUCAUGUCUCAACAUUUUGAUUAUCCAAUAUUUUCUUACAUUUCUCCAAAUGGUACACGUCAAGAUUAUUAUGCCAAUCCAUCAAGUAUCAAACAACUCUAUAAGGAAGCCAAGAUGGAUAAAACUUGGGAAAUAUUUGCACAUGAAUAUACAGAAUAUGAAAAUGUGAAAUUUAGAGCUCCUAAUGUUUCCACACAUUGUGUGUAUGGAUAUGGAGUGAAAUCAUUAGCUCAUUUACAAUAUUCAGGACAAAAACCAUUAAGUGAACUUGUCUUGGAUGACAUUUUGCAUCAUAGCGAGGCACUUAAAAUCGAUGAUGGUGAUGGAACAGUUCCUUUAUAUUCACUUGCCAUUUGUGACGAUUUUGCAAAGCAGCAACAAAAACCAGUCAUGGUUCAUCGAUUUUUCAAUGUGACCCAUUUGACAGUGGUCACCGAUGACAAAGUAUUACAAACCUUGUUGGAUAUAUUGCAUACUCCCAUUGGUUGA